UCAGCCAGGCAGGGGGUGUAAUAAGGGUCUGGGUAUUACAUCCUCUGUGAUACGACCGUCUUUUUGUUUGCACAUGCAAAAUGCCUCAUAUCAUCAAUGGGUAUAUGAUAAGACGAAUAGCCCAACUCAGGGGUAGAGUGUUGCUGUUAUUGUGUAUUUGGAUUACAAUGUAAAGCUCAGGGUGACAGUUCAGGGGAAGAGUGGUGCUGUUGUUGUUUUGGAAAAGAUAAAUAACAUGUUGCAUGGCUUCUAAGGAAAUUGUCCUCGUCUUUGCUGGUUAUCCGGGCAAGGUGGCUCCCAAGGAACUGACAGUAGGACUGACAAGAGAUAUUAGAGUGUAUUACAGGUUGCACAGCACACUUGGAGAUAUACAUAAGGUAUCUGAUGUACUUAUAACAGGCUUAUAAUCGCUGUAAGAGAGAGAACUUGUGUCACAGAUCGACUUUGUGUUGUCAGUAAUUCCGUCAUGCUUUGUGAUUUCAUCAUGCCUAGAAAGUCCAUCAUGCUUAGUGAUUCCGUUAUGCUUUGUGAUUACAACAUGCCCAGAAAGUCCAUCAUGCUCAGUGAUUCCGUUAUGCUUUGUGAUUACAACAUGCCCAGAAAGUCCCUCAUGCUCAGUGAUUCCGUCAUGCUUUGUGAUUCCAACAUGCCUAGAAAGUCCAUCAUGCUCAGUGAUUCCGUCAUGCUUUGUGAUUACAACAUGCCUAGAAAGUCCAUCAUGCUCAGUGAUUCCGUCAUGCUUUGUGAUUCCAACGUGCCUAGAAAGUCCAUCAUGCUCAGUGAUUCCGUCAUGCUUUGUGAUUACAACAUGCCUAGAAAGUCCAUCAUGCUUAGUGAUUCCGUCAUGCUUUGUGAUUCCAACAUGCCUAGAAAGUCCAUCAUGCUCAGUGAUUCCGUCAUGCUUUGUGAUUCCAACAUGCCGAGAAAGUCCAUCAUGCUUAAUAAUUCCGUCAUGCUUUGUGAUUCGAUCAUGCCUAGAAAGUCCAUCAUGCUCAGUGAUUCCGUCAUGCUUUGUGAUUCCAACAUGCCUAGAAAGUCCAUCAUGCUCAGUGAUUUCGUCAUGCUUUGUGAUUCCAACAUGCCUAGAAAGUCCAUCAUGCUCAGUGAUUCCGUCAUGCUUUGUGAUUCCAACAUGCCUAGAAAGUCCAUCAUGCUUAGUGAUUCCGUCAUGCUUUGUGAUUCCAACAUGCCGAGAAAGUCCAUCAUGCUUAAUAAUUCCGUCAUGCUUUGUGAUUCGAUCAUGCCUAGAAAGUCCAUCAUGCUCAGUGAUUCCGUCAUGCUUUGUGAUUCCAACAUGCCUAGAAAGUCCAUCAUGCUCAGUGAUUCCGUCAUGCUUUGUGAUUCCAACAUGCCUAGAAAGUCCAUCAUGCUCAGUGAUUCCGUCAUGCUUUGUGAUUCCAACAUGCCUAGAAAGUCCAUCAUGCUCAGUGAUUCCGUCACGCUUUGUGAUUCCAUCAUGCCGAGAAAGUCCAUUAUGCUCAGUGAUUCCAGCAUUCUUAGAUUCAGACAUGCUCAGAAAUUCCAAUAUGCUCGGCGAUUCCAACAUGCUUAGUGAUUCCAACUUGGCUUGGCAACCAACUAACCAAAAUAAGAAACGCAUUGGUGGUCACACUUUUUUCCAGUAAUUACAACAUGGUUAGAGAUUCCAAAAUGAUUAGACAUUCCAACAUACUUAGAAUGUCCAUCAUGAAUUGUGAUUCCAACAUGCCUUGUGAUUCCAAGAUGGUUACUGGUUCCAACUUUCUGAGGGAUUCCAACAUGCUUAGAGAUUCCAACAUGCUUAGAGAUUCCAACAUGAUUAGAGAUUCCAACAUGAUUAGACAUUCCAACAACCUUAGAGAUUCCAGCAUGCUUAGAUAUUCCAACAUGAUAAGAGAUUCAAACAUGAUUAGACAUUCCAACAUGCUUAGAGAUUCCAACAUGAUUAGAGAUUCCAACAUGAUUAGAGACUACAACAUGAUUAGUCAUUCCAACAUGGCCUGGCUUGUUGGUUGGCCUCAAAGUAAUCGAGUCGGGACCAGAUAAUACAUUGACUGAUAUUAUGAGAAACG